AUGUCGACCCUCAACGAGAUCACCUCCGAAGCCGAAUUCAAGUCGCACCUGGAGUCUCUACCCUCCUCUACCCUCCUCGUUAUUAAUUUCCAUACCCCCUGGGCGGCACCAUGUGCGCAGAUGCGCACCGUCCUUUCCACCCUUGCCGCCCAGUUCCCCGUCACGUCCCCGCCGACGGUCUCGUUCGUGAGCAUCAACGCUGAAGAACUUCCCGACAUCUCGGAGGAAUACGAUGUCACGGCCGUCCCGUUUGUGGUCCUGAUCCGCGACAAGAAGGUGCUGGAGUCCAUCAGCGGGAGCGACGCAGCCAAGGUGCGUGACGCCGUCGAGCGUCAUGCCGGUCGAAGCGGCGCGGACGCCGCCAGCGGCACCAAGGCCUCUAUUCCCCCGGCUCUGAACGCCGUUCCUCGAGAAACGACGACCUCCGGUGCUGCGACGGAGGCGCCAGCAGGAGAGACAACGAACGGAGCUACCACCACCGCCACCACUACUGCUACUGCUCCUGCCGCAGAAACCCCCGAGCAGAGCAAGGAGGCGCUCUUCAAGCGUCUGUCGGAACUCGUCAAGGCCGCGCCUGUCAUGCUCUUCAUGAAGGGCACGCCCAGCGCGCCCCAGUGCGGUUUCAGCCGGCAAAUGGUUAGCAUCCUCCGCGAGCACGGCGUCAAGUACGGCUUCUUCAACAUCCUCGCCGACGAGGAUGUCCGACAGGGUCUGAAGGAAUUUGCGGACUGGCCGACGUACCCGCAAUUGUGGGUUAAGGGUGAAUUGGUUGGAGGACUUGAUAUUGUUGAUAUUCAGGUCAAGGAAGAACUCAGCUCCAAUCCCGAUUUCCUCAAGGAAUUUACCGUCCAGUCCUCGGCUGCUGCUGCCUGA